AUGGCACAGUCAAACGGAGUUAAUGGCAGCAAUGGUCACGCGAGUUCGCGUCGGUCCCUCCGGCCUGGUAUCUAUGCCCCAACAAUGACGUUCUUCGAUCCCACCACCGAAGAGCUCGAUAUCCCAACCAUCAAGCGACAUGCCAUUCGUCUCGCAGAGGCAGGCCUUGUUGGCCUCGUCACCAUGGGUUCGAAUGGCGAGGCAGUACACUGCUCCGUCGCGGAGAAAGUUGCCGUCACCAAAGCUACCCGCGAGGCACUCGACUCCGCAGGCUUCGACCAAGUUCCUAUCGUCGUUGGGGCAACCGAAGGCUCCGUCCGCGGCACAAUAUCGCUGAUUAAAGAAUCCGAGAAGGCCGGCGGGGAGUACGUCCUUCUACUCCCACCGAGCUAUUUCCGAGGAUUGAUGGAUGAGGAGGCUGUAUACAAUUACUUCAUUGAAGUAGCAAGCGAGAGUCCGCUGCCAAUAAUCCUGUAUAACUACCCCGGUGCGGUGGCAGGAAUCGACAUGGACUCCGAUCUCAUCAUCAAGCUCUCUAAGCAUCCAAAUAUCAUAGGCACCAAGUUCACUUGCGGGAACACCGGAAAGCUGACUAGAGUGGCGCUGGCCACAGAUGCGAAAACACCUUCCAGUGAGGGAAGCGGCUACAUGGCGUUCGGCGGCAUGUGCGAUUUCACUGCCCAGACACUUGUCAGUGGCGGCAGCGGUAUCAUUGCUGGAGGAGCGAACGUUAUGCCAAAGGUAUGUGUCAGGGUGUGGGACUUGUACAGUCAAGGAAAAAAGGAGGAGGCAUUCGAGUUACAGAAGACCCUCAGCAAGGGCGACUGGGUCCUCACGAAGGCGGCAAUCGCUGGAACGAAGGGCGCAAUCCAGAGCUAUUAUGGAUAUGGUGGUUUCCCGCGACGGCCAUUGAAGAAGUUGGAUGAGGUGAAGACAAAUGCGAUCAAGGAGGGGAUUGAGGAGGUGAUGAAGGUGGAGAACAGCUUAUAG